AUGGAUUAUUCAUCAUCAGUCGAUUACGCUUGUUCAUCUUCCAAAACCCGAAACCCUACUCCAUCUAAAUCCAAAUGUUCCGUUACAUCAUUCUCGAUCGAUUCCAGACACGGAAGCACCAAGAAACCAGAACCGCCAUUGAAGACGUUAAUCCAAGAAACUUCCCCUGAAGUUUCUGAAUCAUCCUCUGUUUUYCCUGAMCCUCAAACACCAAUCUCGAUUAUWCGGAUGAAGAAACAAUCAGAGCCGAGGUUUUACCCUAGCCCAACCAACACUUUCUACACAGCACCACUUUACGCAGAGACCAAACAAAGCUUCACCAACACAGAAGUCAGCGAAUGCGCAAGCGUAGGAGGAAUCGAUCUGGAGAAAACAGGUGUUUUGACAUACAGAGGAAGCACAGGGAGUGAUGUAAGUGACGAGAGUAGCUCGAGCGGUUUGAGCAACGCUGCUUAUAAGCCACACAGGGCUAAUAACGAUAAGCGAUGGGUGGCUAUUCAGGAGGUUCGAUCUCGGGUUGGUUCGUCUCUKGAGGCUAAAGAUUUCAAGCUCAUGAGAAGRCUUGGAGGAGGUGAUAUUGGUGUUGUUUACUUAGCUGAGUUGAUCGGAACAGGAGCUACUUUYGCAGUGAAAGUUAUGGAGAAAGCAUCUAUUGCAGCAAGGAAGAAGCUUGUUAGAGCUCAGACAGAGAGAGAGAUACUCCAAUCGUUAGAUCAUCCAUUCUUGCCUACACUUUACUCGCAUUUCGAAACGCAGAAUCAUUCGUGUCUUGUUAUGGAGUUUUGUCCUGGUGGUGAUUUACAUUCUCUCCGGCAAAAACAGCCCGGAAAAUACUUCCCGGAACACGCUGCUAGGUUUUACGUUGCUGAAGUGCUUCUUGCCAUGGAGUAUCUACACAUGCUUGGGAUCAUAUACAGAGACCUCAAGCCUGAGAAUGUUUUAGUUCGUGAAGAUGGACACAUAAUGCUAUCCGAUUUCGACCUCUCCCUGAGAUGUGCGGUUUCUCCAACACUAGUCCGGUUUGCUGCCACAACGCUUGAAUCCAAAAGCUCAAGCUACUGCAUCCAGCCGACUUGCGUAGACCAAUCGAGCUGCAUUGUCCAGCCGGAUUGCAUCCAGCCCGUGUGUUUCACUCCUCGGUUCUUGUCUAAAAGCAAGAACAAGAAGARACAGAACGAUACAACACGCCAAGUCAGACCGCUACCCGAGCUGAUCGCUGAACCAACUAGCGCGCGCUCCAUGUCKUUUGUUGGGACACACGAGUACUUAGCACCAGAGAUUAUCAAAGGAGAAGGUCACGGAAGCGCGGUUGACUGGUGGACAUUCGGGAUUUUCCUUUACGAGCUUCUGUUUGGACARACACCGUUUAAAGGAGUAGGAAACARAGCGACGCUGUUCAAUGUAGUUGGUCAGCCACUGCGGUUUCCCGAGCACCCGAGUGUGAGCUUUGCGGCCAGAGACUUGAUCAGAGGAUUGCUGGUGAAAGAGCCACAGCAUCGGUUGGCUUAUAGGAGAGGAGCCACUGAGAUAAAGCAGCAUCCGUUUUUCCAAAGUGUGAAUUGGGCUUUGAUCAGAUGCACCAGUCCACCACAGAUUCCUCAGCCAGUAACAAUCAUGGACCAUGGUCAUAGUCUUCGUAAUGGUCAAGUUGGUCAUGAGAAGCCUCCUACUGUGGAUGUCAAGUCUUCUGGUAAUUAUUUGGAAAUUGAUUUCUUCUGA